AACUAUUGAUUUAUGACCGAUAGCCACAAGAAAUAUGAAUUAUAUUUAGGUUCAAACAUUUAGUACUUACUUCUUACAUAUUGCCCUAUCUACCUAGCACUAGAUCUGUCAUUUGGCUCUACCAAUGGGCACCGUUUAACAAGGGAAGGGGGAUGCCUAUAUUUAGUGCAUCUAUGCAGUUACCUACGUGGAAAGUAAUCAAUCGUCGAAGUCAUAAAUCACUGUUCGCGCAGGCAGAUAAACAAGCUACUGUUUGCUUGAGUAUUUUAUAGCUUUUGAAUAAACAAGUUGGUGAUUUACAUAUCGUUUUGUAAGGCGAAAAGAAGGGUUUAAAGGAUCACAAUAAACAAUGGCGGAACAAGAUGAAGCGAGGGCGCGGAGUGACGACGAGGACACCGACGGCAACAACUCAAGUUCUGAAGUUCCGAAGACAAGUGGCUCCAAGUCUGUGGUGAUGCCGUGCACUUCCACGACGGAUUCCAUGGGACGAGAGUACUCUGAACCAGUCACUUUCACGUAUUUUACUGAUGAAGAAUCUAAUGAGAGUGAGGAUCAGACGCGGUACCUCACAGUUACCUACACAGCUGAAGAUACUGCAGAGGAAAUCGCCACAGCCACCCUCAUCAUCAAACGAAAAGACCACGUUGACCAGUUCUUGCCUUUCGUCGGAGCCCUACUCCGCAGUAUUCAGGACGAACAAAUGAAAGUGAAGCUAAUGGAAGAUAUAUCUCAGAUUCUGAUUAAUGCUAAGACAGAGGAAAUACAGAGGAGGCGAUAUCUAUUAUAACUGGUCGUUUUAUUUCCCUUUUUUGUUGCCCUGCUCACGUGUUCUUGAUAUCUUUGGUUCAUUAUCUCAAAUAUUGUA